AUGGAUGCGCAGAAUGCUGCCGGGUCCGACAAGCCGAAGCCCGUCGCUGCUGCGGAGAAGCGACUGGGCAAUCACCAGCCUGACGAGUCCAAGGAGUCCACCAACAACAAACCAAAGAGCGCCGACGAGUCCAUCAAAUCUCCGCCCGUCCUUCCAAAGGACGUCAAGCCCAGCGUAAUCGUAUCUCGCGCGCCUCCUGCUGCCGACGACGCUCCCGCCGAGAAAGACUCGGAUGCCGAAACCAUCGUCUUACCCGGUAAGGAUGGCUACUCGCCCUCCAAGGCGAGAAAGGUAAAGCACGAGGAUCGCAGCGACGGAGAGCCCCAGGUCCCCCGCAAGAUUCGUGAUGCCAGUGCCGCCAGGGACGCCGACAAAGACAAACCCGUCAACCCUCCCCGUUUGCUGUCUGAAGGAGCAUCUUCGUUGGGCUUGAAAAAGAAACGCCUCCAUGACCAAUCCGCCCGAAGUAAAGAUGGCUCCAGCGGCCUCAGCUCGGCUCCUGCUUCUCCCCCAAGACGUCGAUCUGGUAACCAUUCCGACUCCGACACGGGUGCUGACCGUAGGAAAUCUCCCAAGCUGUCCAUGAAAGACCGAGCCAAAUCCACCGAUCGGACACUUACUCACAAACGCAAAGCUCCCAAGGCAGACUCGGAGGACGAGGCCGAGAAUCGCAAGGCUCGACGACAACGUAUUUCUGACGCCGGGGCUGAUUCUCGACCGAUCCGAGCCCCCAGGGAACACAAGAUGUCUUCUUCCAAGAGAGAAACCGAUGGCUACUCAGGAUCUCGUACCAGAUCCGUAUCUCCCCACAACCCACGUGCCCACCGACGGAGUAUUUCGACGCAGCUUCCUGCAAACUCGUCAAAUGGCCUGAGCUACAAGAAGAAGCGUUUGCCUCCCCCGCUCCAGUCCACCGACUAUCACUCGGAUGAGUCUUCAGCGAGCGGCAGCCCUCACCCCCGGAGCUCCAAGCUACGGAAUCUCUCGACGCCCGCCACUGCCGAGUCAAACAUGUCACCUGCCAAAAUUGCGCCACACAAGAAACAUCUUGACGCUCACGGCCAAACGUUCCUCGCUAGAGCUUGUGCCAGGGGCGAGUACGACAUUGCAAAGCAACGACUCGGUGAGCGACCCGAGGACCUCAAUGUUGCCGAUUAUGCGGGAAACACGCCACUUCAAAUCGCCGCAAUUAAUGGGUACGAGGAUAUUGUGAAGCUUCUCAUCGACGCUGGAUGCAACCUGGAUUGUGUAAAUUAUGACAAGGACACACCAUUGCUCGACGCUGUUGAUAAUGGCCACCUCGGAGUCGUGAAGCUCUUACUGAACGCGGGUGUCAACCCGCGGAAAGCCAACGUGAGCGGCGAGGAACCUCUCGACAGAGUCAGCGACGACCUGGACAAUGCAGCCGAUUUUCGUGCCGCACUCAUCGAGGCGAAGUCUAGACAAGGCGAACGACGACGCACAUCUGAGGACCAUCAUUCUGUCGACCACCAGGAUACUCGGUCAUCACUCGGCCCCGAUAGCCCGCGACGGUCACCUGCCCCUUCUUCAUCUCACGCCAACGGUCGGCGGGCCGGUACUGUGAGGGCCACCAAAACCAGCAACUACUUAUUGUACAUGUCCCUCGAUGAUAAGACACUUCGGCAGGCAGCCGCUAAGGGCGACGAGGAGACUGUUACAAGAAUCCUCCAGGUAAAGGAUGGUUGCGACGAUUCCGAAGCGAUGGUAGCGGCUGCCAGGGGUGGGCACGAAGUAGUUAUUCAGCUACUUUUGGCAUUGGGUGGCGCAAACCCAGACCCUGCACCGGUGCAAAGUACCAAUAUGCCGUCAGAGUUCGCGACACCUAUGCUAGCCGCGAUAGGCCAGGAGAAUAUCAAAGUGGUUAGGUUGCUCUUGGACCAGGCAAACUUUGAUCCCACACGUCGAUUCAAGGGAGAAACCUACUACGAGAUCGCGCGACGCCGACAAGGCACAAAUUGGAAAGACGAGGAGCACAUGCUCAAGGAAGCUUACGAUGCGUACAGGAAGUCGCAUCGUGAUAUUUCCAAGACCAAGUCUCCGAACAGACGGGAGCGUGAGAGAGAACGGGAGCGGGAGCGUGAGCGUGACCGAGACCAAGACCGGGAAACCAAGCGCCAGGGCCGCAAUGAACUCAAAGACGAAGCCCGAGCGCACAAGCGCAACCUUUCUAGCCCUUCACGCGACCCGGAGAGUCGGAAGAAAAUCUCAGCGAAUCGUAACGUCACCAGUCCAAAGGAAAAGCGUCGGUCUGAUUCAUUUCACGACGACCAGACAUCACCCAAGCGCGGUCCUGGCCGGCCUAGAAAAGAAGACCGUGUUCCGACCAUUGCAGUUUCUGACAGAGAAGCAUCACCUGCGCUGUCACAAAAGCAAUCCGCCAAAGCAGCGAAGCGCGCCGAGUCUGACGUUGCUGCCAUGUCGUCGGAAGGGGAGGCUGUCAAGCCGCGGAGGAAACUCAUUUCUAAGGGCGAGCUUCGCGGCGAAAGGGAAAAAAACCGCCGCGCUAGCAUGGUUUCGACCACCUCUUCUCUGAAGGACCCCUCAAGCCCACGCGAUCCGAAACACGACGACCAUCCCGAGAAGCCGAAGGGCGAACCCUUGUCAGAGAAGUACCACGAUCGUACAAAGGCUCUCAAGAGGGACGAGUCUAGGGAUCGACUCUCUGUUUCCGGCGAUCAUUCUGCUAAGCGGCACCGAUCAAGCGUCACGCCGCCGCACUCGAGCACUGGGGAGAAGGAGGACGGUGAGGUGCCGACGAAGAGGCGGCGGCUCGAUGUGGAUGGCAAGGAACGCCGGCCGAAGUCGACAGCAUCGCCAGACGACCCGCACAGGCUAUCGCGUGAAGCACCUCCUCGAUCGAAAUCGAAUCUCAGGGACCACGAUGACAGCGACCGCAGGCCCCAUAAGAGCAAGUCAGAUUCUGACGGGCACAGGAGGGAAUCCGGAAAGUCCAGCAACAGUGAUAAGUCGAGCAUACACGUUAAGUCUGAAGACGUCGAUAUCGAAAUGCUAGACGCAUCAGAUGUUAAGGAUGUCGAGGAGCCGGAAAUUCGUGUGAAGAAGGAACGUGGCGAUGACGACAAGAGACGCCAAGAGGAGAAGGAAAGACGCCGUGAGGAAAAGCGACAAGAGGAGCGGAAGCGCCGUGAGGCUGAAGCCGAGGAAGCACGCAAGAAGGAGGAAGAGCGGCGACAGCGUGAAGCUGAGGAGAAGAAGCGGGAGGCCGAGCAGAAGAGACGCGAGGCUGAACAAAAGGAGCGAGAGGCCGAGGAAAAACGACUGAAGGAGGAGGAGGAGGCUAAGCAGCGCGAGGAGGAGCGCAAACGCAAGGCCGAACUCGAGAGAAAGCGUCAGGAGGAAGAAGAGAGACAACGCCGGGAGGCAGAGGAGAAGAAGAGGCGCGAAGAGGAGGAAAGACGCCUACGCGAGGAAGAGGAGAAGAAACGCCGCGAAGAGGAAGAACGCAAACGAAAGGAAGAAGAGGCCCGGAAGCAGCGUGAGGAGGAGGAGAGGCUUCGCAAAGAACAACUUGAGCGUGAAGCUGCAGAGGAAGCCCGCCGUCUCCGCGAGGAGGAAGAGCGCAAGGAACGCGAGCUCAAGGAACGUCAACAGCGUGAGGAGAUGGAGCGCAAGCGUGCGGCUAAGGAAGCCGAGCAGCGCAGAAUCCAGCAAGAACAAGAACGUCUGCGACUUGCGAAGCUUCCUCCUCUCCUCCGUUGGCUUGACGGUUGUUCGAACCCCAAGACUCCUGAGCUGGCGGCCAAAUUCAAGCACAUGCAGGGUGUGCGGUUCGACACCAUCCGCCCACAGGCCACAGGCUCGCCCGAUGGCAGAGAGCAAUGGAUACUCAACACUCAUGCCGCUUUGCUUCUCGGCGAGAAGGACCUGACUUUGUCGAGAUAUACCGCUUGGGAACAUAUUCCUGUCUCCGAUCUUGCCAAGAAAGUUAUCUGGAGACUCGAAGCUGACCGAUACGCAUUGAUUACCGACAGUCUCUACGAGCUCGGCACUGGUCUACCAGACUACUACGGCGAAGGCCAGGAACCUUUCAAGAUGAAUUAUCGUCUCAAGGAAAAGCUUCGCGGAGAGGCCCGAGAGAAGUUUUUGAAGUUGGACAUGUUCUUUGUCAAGCUAUCUGACUUGAUGUUCAUUGUACCAAACGUUCCUCACCUCCGGAGUCUGAAACUAAGCGUCGAGUACCGCGAACUUCCCGAAGAUGAGGCCCAGUUGUACGGAUGGAAAGUACCGCAAAAGUGGAAGCAAGACCCUGAUGCAGACCGGUUCUACGGUUUUGCGCCGAGGAACAAGUACUACGUCGACGGUAUCAUGGUCGAGGAGCAGAAGCCUGGACUGUCUGCGACAAGCAGCACACCUUUCCCCGAGAAGCGGGCCCCUCGCAAGGGACUGCAGCAGAUCUUUCCUGGCGACCCAGAUUAUGCUCGCCUUUGCAAAGAGCAAGGGCUGGAGCACCUCUUGAACGGCACCAAAACCCCGGCGCUACCCAACGGCGGACAUCUUUCGCCGAGGAGUCAGUCGAAUGCUACCGAGACAUCGGCUGAACCCGUCAAUGGCACCCAAACCGCUUCUUCUGCGCCCGCGCCUCUGUUUACCGAGGCGAGACCUCUCCCCAACGGUGUCAACGGCGUUUCGACGUCAGGAUCCAGCUAA